AUGGCGCCGACGAGACUCACGGUCGUGCUCGUGGGCCAGACGGGAAACGGGAAGAGCGCGACGGGCAACUCGCUCCUGGGCAGGGAUGCGUUCGUCGCCCGUCGCUCCCUAAAGAGCGUGACCGAGCGAUGCAGGGUUCGUUACGCCGCCCUCGACGCCGACGACGAGCCCAUCGUCCCGGGCGAUCCCGCGGUGGGAGUCGACGAAGACGCGGGGGGGAUUCGCAGGCCGUCGACGGUGCUCAGGGUCGUGGACACCCCCGGAACGUGCGACAGCGGCGCGCUGCUCGAGGACAACCUCAGGCACAUCAGCGCCUUCCUGAGGGGCGAGGAGCGGGUGGACGAGUCCACCGCCGACGACGACGACGACGACGGGGCCGAGGCGGGAGCGGGCGACGAGGGGUUGCACGCGCUGGUUCUGGUCCUCUCCGCGGCGACGAGAUUCACGCAGGAGGAGGCCGUCGCUCUGGAGCGGCUCGUGCAGCGCCUGGGCGAGGGCGUCAUGCGCCACUCCGUGGCCAUCUUCACCAGGGGCGGCGAGCUCGCCGCCGACGACGUCCGCGUCGACGAUUUCGUGCGAUCGGCGCCGCCGACGCUCCGUCAGCUCCUCGCGCGCAUGGGCCACCACGCCGACGGCACCCCGCCGAUCCUCGUGGAGAACGUCCCGCGCGACGGUUCAUCCAGGGCCGCCACCGCGCGCGCCCCGUUGCUCACGGCUGUCCGCGAACUCGUCAAACGGGUCGCGGCCGAGAGGCGAUGCGACCCGAACCAAGCGACGUACGACGCCAAGGCGCUGACGGCGGCGUCCCACGCCGCCGACGCGGACCCGUCCACCGCGGCGCUCGCCGUGUUGGACAAACUGAAACGACAGAUGGCGUCCGGGCCGAUGGCGGCGGGUGGUGGGGGUGGCGCGGACCCGCGGAGGAGCGCGAUGGCGGAGGCGGCGAUGCGAGCGUUUUCGGAUUUGCAGGCGCAGUUCGCGGCGCGCGCGGGCGCGGGGUCGGUCGCGGCGCCAGCUGUGCCCCCGCCGGGGUGCGGGGUUUUUGGUGGAUUCGGUGCGUCGUCGGUUGGCGACCGCGUCACCGACCGCGUCGUCGACCGCGAGUGGAUGGAAUGGACGAACGCGCUCGCGGACGGAGGCGACGGCGACGCAGCCGGCGGGCCGUCUUUGACCGUCGGGUUGCGGGGAGCCGGCGACGUUCACGCGGACACCGCGUGCGCCGUCCACUUCGCCGGGGGAACCUGUUUGCUCCGCUUUCGCGCGCCGGUCGAGUGCGGAGAUGGGAAGGACCCCGUCGCGAGGUUUCGGUCAUCCGGGCGCGUCUCGGCGGUUGGCGACGGCGGCUUUAUCGUCUCGGCAUCCGCGCCGGUUGGGUCAAACGCCGCGGACGCUCCAGCGGUGACGUUCCACUCGCCGGUGUUUCUUCAGGGCCCGUGCCAUUACGCGCCGACGAACCCGAUCGUGACGGACGAUGAUUGGGUGGAGGAGGGGGUGUACAAGUGCGAGCUGGCGCCGUGCGCCGAUCCGUUUCCGGCGCCGUUUGCGAAAUACUUGUUUACAGAUGACGACGACGAUGAUGAACCGCCGACCCACGGCAGACUCGACGGCCCGCGGGUCGUCUGCAUGCUUCGCGGGGUCAAGCCGGGGGACGCCGUGAACGUGCGCGCGGUGGUUGGGAGGAAAGGGACGCGGUUCGAGCUGCAGGGUGGAUCCAUGUCCCUCAGGGCGUGCGACUUUGCGAUGAAGCCGUUACCGCGAGCUUUGCGAAGUCGCGAGUCGACUUCCGUUUCAUUCGCUGUUGACGGCGUUUUGGACCUGACGCCCGGCGUCAACAUGGCACUCGGUGCGCCCGUCUCGCAGGACCCGACAGAGAACACGACCGUGCAAAUCCCUAAGGGCUUCGAGUGGCCGUGGAAACGGGGUGAGCCGGGCAGGAAACCCGGGCAGGGUGACCCGUCGAAAUAG